AUGGCGACCUCACCAAAGAAGCAACCAACAAGCAAGGUCAUCAAGACCACAACCACAACCAUCACCCGCACGGCCUCGUCUUCCAGCGGCACGAAGACCGCCUCGUCGUUGUCGUCCACAUGGAAGCGCAAUACUUUCAGGAUCAACGCUGCUAUCGCCGUGAUAGUUGCUGCCCUGAGCUACAACUUUGUCAAGGACGUGAUCAUCGACUCAGGACUCCUUCUCGGUACGGUGCAGCCGUUCAACACUGCUGGCUGCGAGAUUGUUCAAGGGCUGGAAGCCUGCGAGGAUGUUCACAUCCAUUAUGCCUCGGGUCUUGCUUUCACAACCUGCGGACAUGCCGAGUCGCGUAAGGGCUGGUACCCUCCCAUUGGCCCGGUUAAUACCUCAGCCGAGAAUGCGUUCAAGGACAAGUUUGUUGUCUAUGAUAUUCCUUCGGGGAAGUACAACGUUAUGGAGUUGGUUGGCCUUCCUGCGGACGUCGAUAGAGUGUACCACGGACUUGAUAUUUAUGAGCGUUCUCCCACAGAGCUCACCAUCUUUGCUGUGAACCACCGUCGUACAGGAAGUGUCAUCGAGGUUCUUGAGUACAGGAUCGGCGACAAGGCCGUUCAGUACAAGGAAACAAUCCAGCACAAACUUAUCAGAACUCCUAAUGACAUUGUCGCCUUGGGACCUCGCUCCUUCUACGUCUCGAACGACCAUCGCCAUUCAACCGGUAUCAUGAGGGGUAUCGAAGAAUUCUCGCGACGACCAUGGAGUAAUGUCGUCUACUACUCGCCCGAAAAGACUUUUGUCGCAUACGAACACGUUGUCACUGCCAACGGCAUGGCCGCCAACCUCGAUCGCUCACUUAUCUACCUCUCCGCCUGCCACGGCGGUGCUAUGCAUGUGCUCCAACCCAACGAGGACCACUCCCUCAUCAUUCAAGACUACAUCAAGCUGGACUUUUAUAACGACAACCCCAGUUACGACCCCGCCACUGGCGAUGUUUUUGUUGCGGGUCAUGUCCAACCCCUCACCAUGGUUAAGCACCUUCAUACAAAAGGUAGAUCCGUUGACGGUCCAUCCAAGAUCGUGAAGAUGUCCAAGAACCCAGAGGCGAACACCGUUUCGGGUGCACCCAAGUAUCUGGUCGAGACGGUGUUGGUCGAUGACGGAAACUUGAUCUCGACUUCCACUACGGCUGCAGUUGAUCGCAAACGCGGUGUGAUGCUUGUGGGAACUGCGUUCUCGGAUAGAGGACUUGUGCGUUGCCCCAUCCCUAAGGGCAUUUGA